AUGCCCCCUUCUGCAAGUGAAGUCGGCGCCUCGGAAACUGAGACUGGACUUGUAUUUGGUAUAUAUGCAUUGACUCUGUUCUUAUCAGCGCCUAUCUUUGGAAAAUUUUUGCCAAAAUUGGGUUCCCGGAGAAUGUUUCUCGGGGGAAUGGCUGUAGGUGGUAUCGCUACAAUAGCUUUCGGAAUUCUGGAUGUGUUCGAAACCCGCGGCCUUUUCAUUGGUAUGUCAUUUUUUAUACGAAUCAUAGAAGCACUCGGGUGUUCAGCAUGUAUAACGGCCUCGUACGUUAUUAUAGUUAACGAGUUUCCUGAUGCGGUUGCCACGGCAUCUGGAACCGUGGAAUUAUUCAACGGACUUGGAUUCAUUGCAGGACCAGUCGUGGGUGGCGCUCUUUAUGACGCUGGUGGCUACAUGCUUCCUUUUAUACUCCUGGGUGCAAUUAUGUUAUUAUUUGCUCUUCUUACAUACUUUCUACUACCAAUUCAAGAAAAAGAUGAUUCAAAAAUAGAAACAGGGUCACUUUUAGAAUUGCUAAAGGUUCCUGCCAUUUUGAUCACUGCCAUGGCAACGUGUAUGGGAGCAGUAGCACUAUCUUAUAUGAACCCAACCUUGUCUAUACAUCUAGCACCGUUCAAUCUGAGCAGGACAGUGGUAGGGCUGUUUUUCUUGUUAGUUGCGCUAUGCUAUGCUGCCUCUGCCCCACUCUGGGGGUGGGUUUCGGACCUUAAAGGAGUACACGGUGUUGCCAAAAUUAUUAUGACUGGAGGUCUCUUUGGAGCAGCUUUGUCGUAUUUCUUAGUUGGGCCAUGUCCAAUAUUUGGAGUCGAAUCUGUGGUACUUGCGGUAUCUGUGUGUAGACAUAUUUUCCAGGGUCAUUUAACAUUUUCUUCUCGUUUCUACAUAAUAUUUAGUAAACUGUGGUUGAUAGGAGUAUCGCUGGCAUUACUAGGGUUUUCACUGGCGGCUAUUCUAGUACCAAUCCUCAGAGCCGUACUUGAAACAACAAGAAUGGCCGGUUUACAAGACAACAUGGCUACAUAUGGAAUGGUUUCUGGCCUGUUUUACUCCAUGUACUCACUCGGAGUAUUCGUUGGGCCGACUGUGAGUGGUACUCUUACUGACCUGUAUGGGUUUGGAUGGGCGACCUCUAUCAACGGUCUACUCAUGCUAGUGAUGUCAAUAAUAUUGUGCUCAUUCACAGUGCACACUCGCAGAAAACACAGGUUUGCUGCCGAAGAAGAAUCGUCUGAUCCGACACACAUGGGAUGGGUCAAUCUUAAAUCUGUAGGUUCAAUUCAAACCAAAGCCGUUGCUGCCCAGCAUUAGCCUUACAUUUCUACCUCAGUGUAAAAAAAGUGCUUUAAAUUUAGACAUUAAUGCUGUCCUUAUUUACAUUCACGUAUUUUUUAUUUGUUUCCCGCCAUUACAAAUAUGUCAUUUCGAAGUAAUACUAUUUAUAUGGUCAGUUUCUUUGAGACCAGUAUAAAACUAUAUGUAUGUUUACGACAAGCCAACAAUCUAAAAAGAUACUAGGCUAAAGUUAACGAUUGACGAGCUCAAAUCUUCUUUCAUGUUAUGUCCUGUGGGAUACGUGCAAUACGUAAUAUAUGCUUGAAUCACGUGGUCGUGUUACUGGCGUCGUCAGUUUGCCACAUUUAGUAAACACUGCCAAAGAGUGAGAUUAAUCCUGAGACUAAUUCCGCUGUACAUAGCAUACAAAGAAUAAUGUGUUGGUUAUUUCAGUAUGGACAGAAAAAACAAUGAAUCGGAAUAAAU